AAUCAGUAUAAAAAAGCGGAGGAAUGCCGUGGCACAGGCACAAUAAGACAAUUCCGGGACGCGGCAGCGGAGGAAGCAGCCGCGAGUUCUCACACAUGAACACCUACUUCAGGUAGCCUCCCCGCCCCCCGAGGCUCGCACUCUUCUCAUUACCUCCUAUCCCAACGACUGCUAGAGACAUACACCCAUCAUGUUGGGCCACGCUGCUUUCGCCGCCCUGGCUCUCCUCCCUUUCUCCCUCGCCCAGAUCUCAGAGGGCUUCGAGAGCGGAUGGGAUCAAGCCGCAUGGCCUACCUACGCGCCCGACUGCAGUCAGGGGGGCAAAAUCACGCUCGACAGCUCCACUGCCCACAGCGGCAAGAACUCGAUGAGGGUCGACGGUGCGGGCGGCUACUGCGGACACAUCUUCUUUGGCACCAACAAGGUUCCUAGCGGUGAUGUUUACGUUCGGGUGUGGCUCAAAGCCUCCAAGCCCUUCACCGACGCCCACGUCACCUUCAUCACCAUGCCGGAUUCCGCCCAGGGCAACAAGAAACACCUGCGCAUCGGCGGGCAGAGCAAGAUCAUGAUGUACAACCGUGAGUCGGACGAUGCGACGCUGCCUGACCUCUCUCCGCAGGGGAUUGCCACGUCCAAGGCGCUUCCGACGGGCACCUGGCAGUGCCUGGAGUACCAUCUGGGCACGGAUGGGAGUGUUGAGACGUGGCUUAACGAUGCGGUGGUUGCGGGCUUGACGAGCAAGCCGGGGGUCUCGAACCCGAAUGCGGCUCAGUGGCAGAGGAGUAGUAUUAAGCCGAGGGUUACGGCGGUCAAUUUCGGGUGGGAGUCGUAUGGUGGGGAUGCGAAUACAUUUUGGUAUGAUGAUAUUGUGAUUGGGUCGACGAGGGUUGGGUGCUCGGCUUGAUUGAUGUGACUGGACGGGAGAUGCCGAUGGCUUCAUGUUUUGGUAGGGGCAGGUCGUUGGGGAAGGGCCUGGCCAGUUGAGACUGGCAAUCAUCUCGUUGAGUUUGUUUGUUAGGAUGUACCGCGGUCGUAAACACUGCUCGCCCCUGACUGCGGGAUAUAUCAGUAUUAAGGGGUAGCAUCGAACUCAAAGCUGCGUCAACAUC